AAAUUGACUACAAGUCCCAGGGCUCAGCGGAGCAGGCGGAUAGAGAGGAGCGUCCUCCCCCUGCCGGAGAGAUCGGGAAGCUCAGCUCGCCCAGAGCAGGUGUUCAGUCGGCAGCCUCAAGCAGCUUGUUCAGUCCCUUUUCGGCUCUGUCUCAGUCUGCUGCCCGAAUCGAACAGGGGCAGCGGCUCGCCAGGGGAGGGGAGGACCAGGACACCGGUGGACUGCGUGCAAAUCGGCCUCCCCUUAUCGGUGCCCGCGGUGCAGGAUGCACCCUGCAUUUUAAUCCAGCAAUGAUCCCCGAGCAGCGCAAUCAUGUUGCUACCAUCGAGAACAUCCCGGCCGAAGCCAUCAGCGCAUCGCCGACCCUGCUGCAGAGGAUAAGGAAAGUCUUCACCAGAGAACUGCUGCUGUCGCUGGCACUGGGCCAGGUGCUGUCAUUGUUGAUCUGUGGUAUAGGCCUGACUAGCAAGUACUUGGUGGAGGACUUCCAUGCCAACACUCCAGUAUUUCAGAGCUUUCUUAACUACAUCCUCCUCUUCCUGGUUUACACAACUACGUUGGCCGUACGGCAAGGGGAAGAGAAUCUGUUGGCAAUAUUAAAACGAAGAUGGUGGAAGUACAUGAUCUUGGGAUUAAUAGAUAUAGAAGCCAACUACCUUGUAAUAAAGGCUUACCAGUAUACAACCCUGACUAGUGUGCAGUUGCUAGAUUGUUUUGUUAUCCCAGUGGUAUUGUUGCUGUCCUGGUUCUUCCUGCUGGUGAGAUACAAGGCUCUUCACUUCAUUGGAGUCGGGGUGUGUCUUCUGGGGAUGGGAUGUAUGGUGGGGGCUGAUGUUCUUGUUGGGAGACAUCAAGGAACUGGUGAUAAUAAACUGCUUGGAGACUUGCUUGUGUUGGCAGGAGCUACAUUAUAUGGAAUUUCCAAUGUCUGUGAGGAAUUCAUUGUGAAGAACUUGAGUCGAGUGGAAUUUCUAGGAAUGAUUGGACUGUUUGGCUCUUUCUUCAGUGGCAUACAGUUGGCUAUAAUGGAACAUAAGGAACUGUUAAAGGUACCAUGGGAUUGGCAGAUAGGACUGCUCUAUAUUGGUUUCAGUGCCUGUAUGUUUGGUCUAUACAGCUUCAUGCCUGUAGUCAUGAAACGAAGUAGUGCCACUGCUGUCAACCUCUCCCUAUUAACAGCAGAUAUUUACAGUCUAUUUUGUGGGUUAUUCCUUUUCCAAUACAAGUUUUCAGGACUCUACCUUCUGUCUUUUUUCACAAUCAUUCUUGGAUUAAUAUUCUACUCUUCCACUUCAACAUAUGUGGCUCAAGAUCCACGUGUAUACAAGCAGUUUCGUAACCCUGCAGGCCCUGUAGUAGAGAUGCCAACCACUGGACAAGUGGAGCCAUCAGUGACAUACUCCAGCCUAGGACAGGAGACUGAGGAAGAAGCCCAUGUUCGAGUCUCAUGAGGAUGCAUCGAAGACGCUCCCUGCACUUCAAUGUCUUUGCAUUCCGGAAUUUCUUUUUGUUUACAUCACCAUUCCCCCUAAUUUUGGUUUACUACAUUUUAAUAUUUAUUUUUCGAACCAAAUUUCUAGAAUUCUUUUUACUAAUUGUAGAGUUUAGUAAACUGUAAUUUGAAACAAUUCGGUUUAACGUGUCAGUUCACUGACUAAGAGUUUUUAAGUGGAUUGCAAUCAAUUGAUGGUUUUAAAAAGUGCCAUCUAAAACAUUUUUAUAAUAUAGUCUAUAUGUCACUACCACUGUCUGGGAAUAAGGGGAUUUUAACAGAGUUUAAAUAUGCACUGUAUUUUUUUUCUUAAUUCCAGUCAUUCCCAUCUUUUUGCACAUAAAUGUUUCCAUGUUAAGGCCAUCUAAGAAAUCAUUGAAGGGUGAUGUUAUCUUUCUAUAUGAAAUGCCAUUAUAUGACCUCUGAACCUGUGUCAUUCUAGGGUGGGCUAUUGUAUAGUUUAGAAUUUGCUAACUUGUGCUGUUAACAUUUUGACAAGUUGUGUAGUACCUUUAUGUUGCUUUAACAAUUAGUAUUCUUCACAGUUAGAUUACAAUAAGUAUGAACUGUACCCCAUGGGUAGAAAUCUGCUGUAAAAUAAAGAAAAGAUAAUAACAAAUACGGUUAAACUCAACACCAUUGUAAGAAAACAAACCAAAAAAUGCACAGUUCAAUUGAAAGAAGCCCUUUAUCUUUUUUGAUAUCUGCAUGCUCUUUAUGGACUGGCUUUGGCAAUGUAAUGCCUGUAUGAUGUUUUCAAAUAAA